AAGUGUCCAAACGCAGAGAAAAACUCCUGCUGAAGCGACUGAUCUCCACACUGUUAUAAAGAUGGCGUUUAUUAAAGAGGAGAGUGAAGAUGUGAAGAUUGAAGAAACAUUCACAGUCAAACAUGAAGAUCUGCAGGAACAAACAGACCUGAUGGUGCUGAAAGAAGAGACUCAUCAAUGGAAUGAAAUGGAAGAGAAACACCAAGACAUAACGACUGAUGAAAAACCCACACUGACUAAAAAGACUUCAUGCGGAAGACCUCGGAAAUCCAAAUCCAGGUGUAAUUUCAACUGUAAACAGUGUGGAAGGAGUUUCAGUCAAAAGCCAAGCCUUGAUGUUCACAUGAGAGUUCACACUGGGGAGAAACCUUACAGCUGCGAACAGUGUGGAAAGAGUUUUGGUCAAAUACAAGGCUUUAAAGCCCACAUGAGAAUUCACACUGGAGAGAGGCCGUACACAUGCCAACAAUGUGGAAAAAGCUUCUACCAUGCAGGAAACUUGGCAGUGCACAUGAGAAUUCACACUGGGGAGAAGCCUUACUCUUGCCCUCAGUGUGGAAAGAGUUAUAAGCAAAAUUGCACCCUUGAAGUCCACAUGAGGAUUCACACUGGAGAGAAACCUUACACAUGCACAGAGUGUGGUAAAAGUUUCCCAUAUAAAAACACACUCAAACACCACAUGAUAAGUCACACCGGACAGAAGCCGUUUGCAUGUGCUCAGUGCGGAAAGAGCUUCACAACCAAAGCUAGCCUCAAGAACCACAUGGAUGGUCACACUGGAACUAUAGUGUUUACAUGUGAUCAGUGUGGAAAGAGUCUCACACGCAAAGACUCCAUUAAGAGCCACAUGAUGACUCACUUAGGAGAGGAUCGUUUUAGAUGCAGUGAGUGUGGAAAGGGCUUUAACCGUAAAAGAAGCCUCAGCGCUCACAUGAAGCUUCACAAUGGAGAGCAGAGUCCUCAAAAAUGAAGCCUUGUCCACACAAACACAGGUAUAUUCAAAAUGGCAGCUUUUUCAUGUAGUUUGGUUGUUCAUUCAUGUGAAGUUUAUUUAUGAACUAUUUUCGUUUUCCCAGGGUUCCCAUGUUUCCUCCCACAGUCCAAAAACACACGAGCUAAGUAAACUGAACAUUCUAAAUCUUAGUAAGCCAUAUAUCUCUCUUUAGCCAUUCCUGUAUUUGUCAUUAGAACAGAAACAAGUCAGGAGAGUUCACUGAGAUCUACCUAAGCUCAAAUUCUCCUCUCACCCUGCUUACGGGAGAGAGCCCAGGGCUCGACGAUCUUAUGAGCUUAGGGCUUUCUCCCGGGACAGCUUGCCAAACAAGUGUGAACUCUUAAAUACAUAUCAAGUUACUGAUAAUGAAACCCUUUGAACACCUGAAGAUGUAAACUCAAUAGCUGAAGAGGGGUGAAGAUUUUGACAACCAGUACCAGGUUGUAAGAUUUGCUACUGGGCUACUAGAACGCAAUAUAACUCUAUAUGUUGAUAGAUUGUGUGGCUUGUUUCACAUGCAAAAAAGUAUCUGCAUCUGAAAAGAUGUGUACCAAAUGGCCUACAGGAACUCAAGAGUUGUGACCCAACCAAAGCAGUUGGGUAAUCUCUGAGGGGUUACAUCCUUUGUUAUAAAGUAGUGUCUCACAGACUGUACUUUGGGUUAAGUUACUUGAAGACCGACGAGUUAACAUCACUGCUGAGGAACUGCACUAUUUACUGCUUUCAAUAAAGUCUUCUCCCCA